AUAUAAUAACCCCCUCUCUAAUUUGAAUCUCACGCAACGACGAAUCCCUCGCCGGAUAAAAUCCCCCUCCCCUGCGCCGACGAAUCCCUCGCCGGAACAAAUUCUCCCUUCCCUGCGCCGACGAAUCCCUCACCGGAACAAAUUCGCCCUCCCCUGCGCCGACGAAUCCCUCGCCGGAACAAAUUCGCCCUCGCCCUUACGGCUUCCACCAAUUCCAUUCUCUAGGGUUACGGCGCCUAUUUAAUUUCCUGAUUCCCACCGUCUCUCUAGGGUUGUGAUCGCACGGUGUUGAAUCCCGUUCGCUAACUGUAGCGUAAUCAGGCCGGAAUUUCAGAAACAGCACCGUUUGAAUUUUCAAAAGUAGCAACCCUUUUUCAAUUUCCCGUUCAUCGUGUUCAUCAGAUUCGCGGCGGAGAGUUACACCAGCAGAACUCGGUCGAAAGGAAAACAUGGUUUAUUCAUCAAUCGACACAUUUCAUCUAACAGAUGAACAGCUGAAGAACUCACCGUCUCGUAAAGACGGAAUCGACGAAGCCACUGAAACCACGCUUAGAAUCUACGGCUGUGAUCUCAUACAAGAAUCCGGCAUACUUCUUCGGUUACCUCAAGUUGCUAUGGCAACCGGUCAGGUCCUAUUCCAUCGUUUCUACUGCAAGCAAUCGUUCGUCCGGUUCAACGUAAAGAUGGUUGCCGCCGGUUGUGUUUGGCUCGCUUCGAAACUUGAAGAAAGUCCCCGGAAAGCAAAGCACGUUCUGAUUGUUUUCCGCAGGAUGGAAUGUAGGAGAGAGAAUUUACCCGUCGAACAUUUGGAUACGUCUUCCGAGAAGUACGAUGAUCUAAAGAAAGAUUUGAUUAGAAUGGAGAGACAUGUUUUGAAAGAGAUGGGCUUCGUCUGUCAUGUCGAGCAUCCGCAUAAGUUUAUAUCGACUUACCUUGCAGCGCUGGGAACUCCCGCGGAGCUCAUACAAGAAGCGUGGAAUCUUGCGAACGACAGUCUGCGCACGACGUUGUGUGUGAAAUUUACGAGUGAGGUUGUGGCAUGUGGCGUAGUGUAUGCUGCGGCACGUAGAUUUCAAGUACCGCUACCUGAAAAUCCUCCUUGGUGGGAAGCUUUUGAUGCGGAGAAAUCGGAAAUUGAUGUAGUUUGUAGAGUUUUGGCUCGUUUGUACAGCCUUCCGAAGGCCCGAUAUGUACCUGUAUGCAAGGAAGAACGAAGGGGGUUCUUUUGCUAGGCC